AUGUUUAAGAAACCUCACGUCUUCUGCUUCGGCGGUUUGCAUUUGCUAAAUCCGUCAUGCCCGUCAUCACCAGCUUAUCCACCCCCCGGGCGGCGCUCUCCGCACCGGUGUUAUGCCACUGCUGAUGGCUUCCGUGAAGGUGACCUCUCCUGGCCAUCCUCCUCCUCUUUUACUCCUUACGAUGUGUUCAAGCAAGACCGGAAUGCUCCAUAUUCGAAGCACAGGUUCUAUGAACUAGUCAAGAUUUACCACCCGGAUCGACCGUGCAAUGAUCAUCCGCUAUGCAGAGAUCUCUCUCCCGAAACGAGAGUGCACAGAUACCAUAUUGUAGUCACGGCUCAUGAGAUCUUAUCCGAUCCAUCUAGGCGGGCGGCUUACGAUCUGUCCGGUGCUGGAUGGAACCUCCAUCCGCAAGGUCCACACCCACCCUGGGCUCAGCCAGGCUCACGGGAUUGGAGUCCCAUCUAUGCUAAUGCCACCUGGGAAGACUGGGAGCGAUGGCAGAAUCGUUACAACGGAAAGCAGCAAACGAUGGUUGACCAUCGCACCUUUGCGCGAUUGAUCAUACUGCUGACCCUGCUGGGAGGUGCGCUUCAAGCGUCCUGGAUCAACAAACUUAGUAUCGGACAUGAAGAUCGACUCCAGCAACUCAAUGAGGAAACUAUGCGACUCCUGGCGGGACGGCGGGAAAAUACUGUGAAGCAGAUGCCAUCGUCAGAAGCUAAAGUCCAACAUUUUCUGAUCCGGAGAGAUCCUUCAGGGGUUGGGUUGAAGGGGCAAGAGCAGCAGGUCUACCAGAAGGUUCUCUAUCCCCGAGAGUCUGUCUCUGAAGAAGCGGAGCCAGUGAAGGCACCGGGCAAUACGACCACGGAAACUAAAAAGCCAGACCCAACUUCCUAA